UCUUCCUUUUUUACGUCCCUGAGAGGCCGGCGUCAAGAUGAACGACACAGUAACAAUCAGAACCCGCAAGUUCAUGACGAACCGGCUGCUUCAGAGGAAGCAAAUGGUUGUCGAUGUCCUCCAUCCCGGCAAGGCCACAGUCCCCAAGACAGAAAUCAGGGAGAAACUCGCCAAGAUGUACAAGACCACCCCUGAUGUUGUGUUCGUCUUUGGCUUCAGGACUCAGUUCGGUGGUGGCAAGACAACAGGCUUUGCUAUGGUCUACGAUUCCUUAGAUUAUGCCAAGAAGAAUGAGCCCAAACACAGACUUGCCAGACACGGUCUGUACGAGAAAAAGAAGACGUCAAGGAAACAGCGCAAAGAACGCAAGAACAGAAUGAAGAAAGUACGAGGCAUCAAGAAGGCCAGUGUUGGUGCUUCUGGCAAAAAGAAAUAAGGUGUCAGUUUUCAGUGAGCCUGGAGGACCAGUGAGUGUCUGCUUACUCAAGAUGUUCUUGUAUAUUGUCAUCAAAUAAAAAAUUUGAAAAA